CAGUGACGUUGACCAUAUCUGGAUUAGCGGGAAGUUGUCCUCUGAUCCACGGUGAUUGCUGUUGACAUUGAGUUAGCCUCGAGAUUUCGAGAGCCCGACGGCGCAUGGAUCAGGACACCAGAUUGGCUUGUUUGUGGCUUCUUUGUUUGUCUUUACACUUCGUGGCUAAGAGAUAUCUUCAUAAUAUUUCCGGAGCUUGCUCGGCAUUGGUUGUAGCACCUACGGAUUUAGUCUGUUGUAUGCGAGUUGGCACUUCCAAACCUCGUGCCUCUCAAAACUUUCAAGCCAGGAAGUUGAGCGUGGAAUUUCUGGAUGAUCACAAUCUUGACUAAUGGACAACUCGUUGUUUUAUGAAGUUGUGGAACCCGCCGUGUAUCAGUAGUGUAUACCCUCGUCG